AUGUAUGAAGAAUUGAAAAGAAUAUUAGGUGAAAUCGACUUAGAAUUAGGUAAAGGCAACUCCGACGAUGUAAUUGCAAGAAUAGAAGAAGGAUUAAAGAAGGCAGGAUAUGACUAUAUAGUUGAAGAGUGGAAAAAAGAAGGAAAAUCUAACAUAAACUACCCACUUGUAAACUACUUAUUUCCAUAUGCUAAAUUUAAUAUCACACUACUGCACAUUGCGGCUCAAAACAAUUAUAAAAAUGUAGUAGAAACUUUCUUGGGGAUAAAAGGCAUACAUGUCAAUGCUGAAGAUAGAAAUGGAGCAAUUCCUUUACAUUGGGCUGUUAAAGAUAAUGCUAUAGAUGUAGUAACGAUUCUAGUACAAGCUGAAGAUAUAGAGGUUAAUGCUCAAAAUAAAAAUGGCAAUACUCCUUUACAUUGGGUUGUUGUGCAAGGUAAUGCAGAGAUAGUAAAUGCUCUGGUGGAAAAAGGUGCAGAUGUUAAUGCUCAAAAUAAAAAUGGCAAUACUCCUUUACACUUUGCUGUUGUAGAAGAUAAUGCAGAGAUAGUAAAUGCUCUA